AUGAAAGCUCACAAUUUCAAAACUCCAAACGCUGAGAGCCAACCCAAAAAACCCACUACCAAUACCAAUACCAAUACCAAUACCAAUACCAAUACCAAUACCAUGAGCAAGCUCACAUUCCCAACUGAUGCCAGCAGCCGUGUUCCUGCUUCUUCCACCACCAGUCCCAAUGCUUCUACCACCAUGUCUACCCCCAGCUUGCUGAGCCUGACCACACAAGGUGCAUUGAUGAUGGCAUUGUCUGCUCCAGUAGUUCCAAUGACUCCCCAAUCUCCAGAAACACAACGGCAAAAGCUCCUUUCAACCAUCAGUGAUGUCUUGGACAUUCUGGAUGAUGACGAAGAUGAUCUCUUCAGCCAAGAAAUCAGCAGCAGCAGCAACAGCAACAGCAUCGACUUCUUCUCACAAGGAUUGGCUCAGUAA